AUGGCGACUGGAGCAUUGGAGAAUGCGGCAUACUUGAGAUUGGUGCAACAAAGCCAUCUACUCUUAUUACUAUUCGAGAGUUUCAUCAAAUGCGACUCUUGUUUGUUCAACGGCGCCGUCUCACCGCGAGGAGAGUCGUUCCGGGCUGCCGAGGCCCGUUUCUUCUCAUUUCGGGCCCGGUCAAAAAUCACCGAGUACUGCCCAGCUGCACUCGGGGUAGUUACAAAAAUUGCAUUGGAUAGGUUAAGCUUGAUUAGAAAAAGCCCGCUUAAAGUGAUGCACAAGACCUAUAGAAAUGUAACUGGGGAGUUAAAUGAUCCAGUUAUUAAGAAGCCCGAAGUGUCGGGUGAGGGAGGUGUACCGAAGUUUUAUGUGGCAUUAACUGCCACAGAUGCUCCUUACAGCAAAUGGCAAUUUCGGAUUAUGUAUUAUUAG